CGGGCCAGUGCAGCGGCGCGGCGGGGAGGCGCGUGGGGCUGCGUGGGAGCCGCGUGGGAGCCCAGCCGGGAGCCGGAGCGGCCGUCCGCGGCCGGGCCCCGGCCCGCGAGCGCUGCAUGCGCGCCCGGAGCGCGCCGGGCCGGCGUGCGGGGCUCGGGGGCAGCGCGCCCUCCAUGCCCCGAGGCGCGCGGGCGCCCAGCCCCGCGGCGGCCGCAGCAUGAGCCAGGCCGAGCUGUCCACCUGCCCGGCGCCGCCGGCGCAGCGCGUCUUCCAGGAGGCCGUGCGCCGCGGCAACGCGCGCGAACUGCGCUCGCUGCUGCAGAACACGAGCGGCUGCGAGGUCAACGUGAACUCGUUCGGGCCCGAGGGCCAGACGGCGCUGCACCAGUCGGUCCUCGCGGGCAACCUGGAGCUGGUCAAGCUGCUCGUCCAGUUCGGCGCCGACAUCCGCCUGGCCAACCGCGACGGCUGGAGCGCGCUGCACAUGGCGGCGUUCGGCGGCCGCCAGGACAUCGCGCUCUACCUCAUCACCAAGGCCAAGUACGCCGCGGGAGGCCGGUGACGCCCGCGCCACGCACCGCGCCGCACUCCGGCCAACUACCUCGGCGUCCCGCCCGCCGCCGCCACCAGCCGCACCGCCGACGGCGCGCCGCCGACCGGGUCCCCCCGCGGCGCGGCACGUGCGUGGAGUUGACGGUGCAGACCGCGCGCCCGGUUGUUGUCGCCUUGCGUUUGUGCGUGGGAGGGGAGAGCGCGUUGCGUGUGCGUUUGGUCGCCGUUUUCCUUGAAAUCGGAAACUUGAGCCGGCCGUGGCUCGGUCGUGCUGCAGCCGCCACCCAGACCCGGGGUGCGGGCGCGCCCCUUCCAGCGCGCUCUGCUAUCGCUGACGUCGGUUGCACAUUUGUUUAACGUCAACGGAUUUCCCACGGUUAGCCGUCAUAACAUUUAUGACGCAAUAUAAGGUAUUCACGCGUGAAACCGCGGCCCGUCGGGGGUCCCCUACACCCCGGGCGGGCGCCGCGAACCCAGAGCGCGGCGAUUCACAUGGAAACGAGGCUUCCCUUCCGCCAAGUGCUGACCCUCCGUGCAGAAAUGGGAGCGCUCCGGGACACAGGUGGGCGGAGGCCCUUUGCGCGCGGCGGGGCGUUCCGGAUGCCGGCGCCUCCUCUAGGACCUGCGUUCUCGCCAGGACUGCCCGGGCGCGCGAGGCCGCCUCUACCUGGAUCCCAUCCCGAGGGCACCCCAGACUGGCGGCGCGGCCCGAGAGUCGAUAAAUAAAUUUUCCACUGAUUUUUUUUUUUAAUA